UCGUUUUCUCCUUUUUUAUUUCAGUUUCUAUUGUUUCAAGAAGGAAAUAGAGGGUCCCUUGCUCUCCCUCCCUCCAUGGCCACCGCAAAGCAAAAAAGAGGAACUUCCGAUUCCUUGCUCUCACCACGGCCAAUGGUCGAAACCCUGGGGUUCGACGGCCUCCAGAUCGGCGAGAGGACACCGAAACGUACUCGUACCGUAAAUCGGAAGUGCUAUGCGACGCGUGGAAGAGGCAACGUUCAGGGGUGUGGUGACCGAGGUGGCAUGCGCGGUGGUUGGCAUGCGUGGGGUGAGCGGCAGCUGAAGAAAGAGGCUAGGGUUGUUGAAACAAUUUGGGUAGUUGGGCUAGGUUUUGUUUUAAUUUUGGGCCAUGUAUUGGACUAUUUUUUGUUUAUUUGGUUUGGGUUCUUUUUAGGCCAAAAUUGGCUAUUACAGAUAGGAAUGAGCAUGAAAGAUGUAGAAACAUUUAGUGUGAAAUAUACAUAUUUUGGAAGUUAAACUUA